CGGCGGACGGUAACAAGUUUCUCUUCUUAUUCUUCCAUUGUACGUUGCUUGUACAGAUAUCUAUCCAUUUGCAUGUAUGUGGGCUUUGUAACACGCGGCAGCACUAAAAGCCUGCGAGGUUAAGCCAGAGCGUGCUGAUCACCGUGGAGCUGGGUUAUCGGUUCACCGACAACUAUGAGUGGGUCACAGUGGCCACCGGACGGCGACCGUCCCCCACAAUUACCGCCUCUGGUUCGAAGUAGUGCACCUUUCCAGGAGCACUCAGUCCUCUCCACAGACGCCCAUUAUCCGCAACGUCCCCCGUCCGUGCAUGACGCGUUGUCCCCGACGCACGAGCAGUCACCGCAUUUUGUCGAGCACACUCGGCUAAGGACCCGCCACGAACCACCAUCCCACCACCGUCCGUCUGCCCCACCACCACAUCUUCAUCAUCACCAUCAUCAUCAUCGCUAUCAUGCAAGCGACUAUCGCACCUACUCACCUCCUCCACCCUCUCAGAGCCACCAGUUACCGUAUCUUCCAGAAUUGCGUUAUCCCACACACCCAGCGCAGCACCCUCUUCAUCCUUCGCCCACAUCCGAAACAUUUUCCAGAAGGCAAUGGGAUGCAGGUCCAUCGCAAUUGCCGGAAGGUAGAGGCUUGUAUGAGGGUGCUCGCUACCCGCUUGAUUCCAUUCGCGACUCCCGACACACGGAUCCUUAUUAUGACGUCCCCAGGAGACGGGGAGUAUUAAUGGAACCUGACAUGCCCUUCGAGAGAGAGUCCCCGUCCGAAUACAUGAUGAACAGGAGAUAUUCUGUUGAGGGCGACAGACAACAGUCGGGAGAUCCUCCAGAUACCCGCAUUGCUAGGGACAGAUAUGAGGAACUAGCCCCGCAACACGCCGUUGGAAGAGAAUUAAGGCGCGCCAUGGAGCGCCGACUGGAUCACGAAAGCCGGUUUCCUCCUGAAUUCAGGGAAACCCUUGCCUAUGUUCGGCAUUCGGACGCUUUUGAUAGGCAUAAUGAGUUGUUUGACCGAGAUCGUUCCCAUCCACUCUUCGUGAGCGAUGGAGAUCGAGUGCGUUCCUUGGAUGUGGAAUCAUCGCAAAAUGGGCGACGAAGGGCCAGCAGUGAACUUUCGGAAGGUGAGCGCUAUUCUCGAACUGCAUCGCAAGCCUUCCGAUAUAUGGAUGAGACUCGGGAGAAUCGAGGUCCUCGGCUGGAGCAACCCCAUGAAGUUACGUAUGCACGCCACCGUCCAUGGAACUCUCCCCAAAGUCCCAAUGGGAUCAAACCUGCUUUACUAGUCGCAAGCGGUACUUCGGCAGCGCCCAGCUCCACACGCGCCGAUACACAGCGAGCUCCCGGACUUGAACCAAUGUCCAUUUCCCUUCUUGUAAACUCGUCCACAACACCCGUCCCUAGCAUAACAUCAUCGCGACUUCCCGGGGUUCCCACAAUAGAAUCGUUCCAUGUUUCAAAAGAGGACGCAUUGCGAGAUGAUAAAUCCACUCUCGCCAAUGUCGCAUCUACGGAGCAACUGAAUGGGGAGAGUAAGGAUUACCACCAAGAUAGCACGGGAGAAUACGAUACAGCGACAUCUCCUGGAGGCAUAACCGAUCGAGUGCUAUUGGCGCCGCGAGCGGUAGCCGCGUCAGGGGAUGGGCGUUCUGACCUUUCCGCUGAGUCAAUCACAGAAGACUUUGGACAGCAUUCCAUUCAGCCGACCGCCGUUACGCAUACCAAGAGGCAAAAUAGUUCCUAUGCUUCGCAAGCAGUAAGCGGAAAGAUGAACGGUGCUGCACUACAUUUAUGUCAGAAACCCACGACGAGAAAGAGAGGACUCCCAUCUGAGGUUCUAACCCCAGACCGAGACUACGAUCCAGCUUCAUCCUACUCAAUAGAUUACGCCAUAAAACCAAGCUUUUGGCCCGAAUCACAAAGAGCGCUCGAGUAUGAAGCAGAAUUGAGCAGCGACCCAGAUGAUCUGGAUAUAUGUGCUGGUCAAAAUAUGACUUCAAAAGCCAAGAAACAGUUGGUGCGCUACAUGAUUCGGUUGAGACAUCGACGACGCGAUAUUUUACGGAAGUACGAAAAAAAGCAGAAGGAGAAACUUGCUAAAUUUCAUAAGAAGCUGAUUGCAAAGUACGGUGUCAAUCUGGAUCGCCGGUCAAAAACUGGCAAACGCAAGCGGCUGGACCUGGCUCAAGGACUUGAUGAGGAUCGUGCAAUGGAGUCGAGUGGAAAACGUGCCAAACAGGAUACCUAUACUUCACAUGGAGACUACUACGAUCAAGAUGUAUUUGAAGAUCCAGAGACGACGCGGCUACGGGAACUGCGGAACAUGGAAAUGGCUAGGCAUCAUUUAUGGCAGAUGAUCGCUCAAAGAGAUAUCCCGCGGGCGCAUCAAAUUAUGGUCCACUAUUCCACUGUGAAGCAACAAAACUUGCACAAAGUUGCCCAGUUGUGUCGCAGGGAAGCAGUGCGGACGAAAGUCAAUGAAAAGCAGCAAAGUCGAGAAUUGACGGCCCGUGCCAAACGUGUAGCCAAGGAGAUGCUGAUCUUUUGGAAGCGGAAUGAGAAGGAAGAACGGGAACUCCGAAAAAAGGCCGAAAAGGAGGCUAUGGAGCAGCGAAAGAGGGAAGAAGAAUUACGCGAGGCCCAGCGACAGGCUCGAAAGCUCAAUUUCCUCAUCUCCCAAACGGAGCUUUAUAGUCAUUUCAUUGGGCGCAAGCUUGGAAAUGCUGCAGAUUUCGAAAGUUCAGAUCCGGCAACGGAGGGUAUCAUAGAGCCUGUGAAAUCCUUUGGCGAAAUCGACUUCGACGCGGAAGAUGAUGAACAGCUGGCUGCUAGAGCUCGCAAUGAGGCGGAACAGGCGUUGGCCAAACAGCGGCAAGCUACUCGAGCAUUUGACGAAAGCGCGAGAGCUCGAAGAGCAGAGGUUCACGGCCCUGGUGGUCUUGCAAUUUCGGAAAGCACGGUCGAUCAGAUGGACUUCUUGAAUCCAUCGAGUUUGCGAAGCGAUUCGGAAAUUGAGCAACCCACGAUGCUCACGGUGACGUUGAAGUCGUAUCAACUGAAGGGAUUGAAUUGGCUGGCCAAUCUGUAUGAGCAAGGAAUCAAUGGUAUCCUUGCCGAUGAAAUGGGGUUAGGAAAGACAAUCCAAUCCAUAGCCCUUAUGGCGUAUCUUGCGGAGAAGCACGACAUAUGGGGACCUUUCCUUGUGGUAUCGCCCGCUUCUACGCUACCGAACUGGCAGCAGGAAAUUGCCCGCUUCGCACCAGAGUUGAAGAUUUUGCCAUAUUGGGGUGAUCCAGAAGACCGCCGAACUCUUCGUGGCUUUUUGAGUCCGAAAAAGUUGGGAGUGAAGGAUGCACCAUUCCAUGUGGCAAUUACGUCCUAUCAACUUAUAGUGACAGAUAUUCAGCAGUUCAACCGAAUCAAGUGGCAGUAUAUGAUUCUGGAUGAAGCUCAAGCAAUUAAAUCGUCUAGCAGUCAGCGAUGGAAAACUCUGUUGAAGAUGAACUCACGCAACCGGCUUCUGUUAACGGGAACACCAAUUCAGAACUCCAUGCAGGAACUUUGGUCACUUCUUCACUUCAUCAUGCCCACCUUGUUUGAUUCUCACGAGGAAUUCAGUGACUGGUUCUCCAAAGACAUAGAAUCUCACGUGGAAGAUAAUGGCACUCUCAAUGAGCACCAGCUCCGUCGUCUGCACAUGAUUCUCAAGCCGUUCAUGUUACGUCGUGUGAAGCGCGAUGUUGAGAACGAGCUAGCAGAUAAAAUUGAAGUGGAACUCAGUUGCCAACUGACUCCUCGCCAAAAGAUGUUGUAUCAGCGUCUUAAACAAAAGAUCUCCAUCAAAGAGUUGAUGGACAAGGUGACCAUGGACCGUCCCAUCUCCUCGACAGCUGGUGAGGAGGAAGGAAGCGAGGAUAGUCUCAUGAACAUUGUAAUGCAGUUUAGAAAGGUCUGUAAUCAUCCAGAGUUGUUUGAGCGGGCGGACGUUAUCAGUCCUUUUGUGUGUAUUGACGCGGACGGUACCGGAAUGGGUGGUGGAGUUAGUUCAAGGGUUGAUAUAUUGGAAGUACCAUAUGGAGUUAAGGGGUGUAUACGAUACAGGAUUCCGAAGAAAUUGUACAGGAGCGGAUUAGUGGCGAGACAGCCGUGGAAGGAGGGGAAUAUUUGGCAUGCGGCCUCGGUGUGGAAAGGGGAGAGAGAUAGUAGAGGAGAGAUAUUCGGCUUCCUCCAUUUUAUCGAUACCUCCAUUGGGGAGUUUUCAAGGUUAUACGCGUCAAAUGUGCUGCGACGCUGGGUGUUGCAUAUACUAUACCACGACAGGAAGCGUCGGAUGUACGGAUACUUGAAGCGGAACGAAUACAGACGGCCGAGUCGGUCAAUGCUGAAUAUCGUUGGGUAUGAUGACUGGAGAGACGGGGUGCAUAUUGAAGGGCUACCCAAUUUGGUCACGUUGUGUGAAGAGGAAGAGAUGUAUGGGGUUUUGAGACGGUUGAAUAUGGCAUACCUGCCUGCGGCGUUGGCGCCGCCCGUCCUGUAUGAGUGCUCCGACCGAUCUUUUGCUUUCGAACAGGAUGGCUUAAUGCAUAAUCGAUGGAUGCGUACCCUGCUGUUCGGAGAUAGUCGCACCGGGCUUGGGUGUGAUACUGUGGAUAGGGAAGCUGCAGAAUAUGUAGAGACAAAUGAGGGGAAGGGAAUUAUGGGUUCGUCGGGACGUAAGCAUGGGUGGGAGUAUGUCGAGGUUCCAGCUGUUGGCAAACUAGUGACAGAUUCGGGCAAGAUGGUCAUUCUGGACUCGCUCUUGCCCAAAUUGAAGGUUGAUGGACAUCGAGUGUUGAUUUUCUUCCAAAUGACGAUGAUGAUGGACUUGAUGGAGGAGUAUUUAGCAAAUCGACAAUAUUCUUAUUUGAGGUUGGACGGUUCGACAAGUAUCUUUGACCGAAGAGAUCUCGUCAUGGAUUGGCAGACCAAACCUGAACUAUUCAUUUUCCUGCUCUCCACCCGAGCUGGAGGAUUGGGCAUCAACCUCACAGCAGCGGAUACCGUCAUCUUUUAUGACAGCGAUUGGAAUCCGACAGUCGAUCAGCAGGCCAUGGACCGAUCGCAUCGAUUAGGACAGACCAAACAAGUCACUGUAUAUCGCCUCAUCACCGCCGGCACGAUUGAGGAGAGAAUCCUGAUGCGAGCGAGGCAGAAGGACCAGAUUCAGAAAGUCGUCAUAUCAGGCGGUGAAUUCAAGCAACAAGUGGAGUUCAAACCGAAAGAGGUUCUAUCUUUGUUACUUGAUGAUGAGGAGAUGGAGGAGAAGGUACGCAAAGAGUCUGCCCGCCGCCAAGCCGAGGAAGAAGAGAAAGAGCGCCAGAAGGCUCUUAAGUCCAAAACGCCAAAAAGUCAGGUACGACGGAAAGACAAAAAGAUCAGGGAAAAGGAAGGUGCAAGAGAGGCUACUCCUGCUGGGGAUAUCAGUGCGGCUGGUUCGGAGACACUAUCUGCUGCCAAACCUGGGGCUACUGGGAAACGCAAACCGAAGGGGGGUGGCGAGCCAAGGAAGAUGGGAAAAGAUGUGGUUUCCGUACCCUUUCCUCCUUCGAGGACGAUCGGUGAACAGGAGGUACGAGAGGUCAAAGAUGGAGAGGAAGGAGACAUUGAUGUUGUGAGUGUAGUAUAGAUAUACGGGCCUUUCCUUGUACACAUGUGUUUUCUGUGAGUAUGGAUUUGAAGACUGAUAGUUUGCCGACUGACAUGACUCUGCUUUAUAUAUACUAUCGC